GGGGCGGGGCCAGCGCCGCCGGAGGGCGGUCCCCGCGGGAUGCGGUGAAGGGCGCCGGAGCAAUGAGCGCGUCGGCGGCCACUGGGGUCUUCGUGCUGUCCCUGUCGGCCAUCCCGGUCACCUAUGUCCUUAACCAGCUGGCGGCCCAGCACGACCCCUUGGAUGGAGAGCAAGAGUGUGAGAGGGCCAGCUUCACCGCCCGCCCAGAGGAGCGUGGUGUGGGAUGGCGUGACCGUGGCCAAGGCCCUUGGAAGAGCUGUUCCUGGACAGUGGUGGGAGCUGCUGGCCUCACCCUGCUCCUGGUCGGUCUGCUGGCACGGGUGCUGGUCACCAGGAAGCCGCCGCGGGACCCUCUGUUCUACGUAUACGCCAUGUUUGGUUUCACCAGCGUGGUCAACCUCAUCAUCGGACUGGAGCAGGAUGGGGUUGUGGACGGCUUCAUGACGCACUACCUGAGAGAGGGUGAGCCCUACCUGAAUACAGCCCACGGACACAUGAUCUGCUACUGGGACGGCUCUGCACACUACCUCAUGUACCUGGUGAUGGUGGCCGCCAUCGCUUGGGAGGAGAGCUACCGGACGGUCGGCCUGUACUGGGUGGGCUCCAUUCUAAUGAGCAUUGUUGUCUUUGUGCCGGGAAACGUUGUAGGGAAGUAUGGGACGCGCAUCUGCCCAGCCUUUUUCUUAAGCAUACCGUAUAUUUGCCUUCCCAUUUGGGCUGGCUUCAGGAUCUACAAUCAGCCACCGGAAAAUUACAAUUAUCCCUCAAAGGUUCUCCAGGAGAUCCAGGCGAAGGCCCUGCUGAGAAGACCCUUGGACCUCACCCUGGUCGUGUGUCUCCUGCUGGCCACCGGCUUCUGCCUGCUCAGAGGCCUGAUCGCUUUGGACUGCCCGGCUGAGCUCUGCCGUUCCUACACGCAGUUCCAGGAGCCCUACCUCAAGGACCCCGCCGCUUAUCCAAGAAUCCAGAUGCUGGCCUACCUGUUCUACUCUGUCCCCUACUUCAUGGCUGCGCUGUACGGCCUGGCAGUGCCCGGGUGCUCCUGGAUGCCUGAUGUCACGCUGAUCCACGCGGGAGGCCUGGCCCAGGCACAGUUUUCCCACAUUGGUGCUUCUCUUCACGCUAGAACUGCUUAUAUCUACCGAGUCCCCGAAGAUGCGAAGAUCCUUUUCUUAGCGUUAAACAUAGCCUAUGGCGCCCUCCCCCAGCUCCUGGCCUAUCGCUGUGUCUACAAGCCAGAGUUCUUCAUCAAAACAAAGGCGGGCGAGAAAGUGGAAUGAAGACAUCAUUUCCUGUCCUACUCCAGAUUGCUGAAGCUUGUCACGGGGUCCUGGCCGUCAGUCCCUCGCCUCCCUCCCCACACAAGAACAUCUGGUUCUGUACUGACUGGAAGCUGGUCCAUGGCUGGUGUGUGUCAGUUUUCUCUUCCUUUUCUUUCCAUCCUUUCUUUUCUCCUUCCUUUUUUUUUUUUUUUAAGAAAGAUUAAAGUUGCUGAUAAACAAUUUAAAGGAAUAUAUUCAAAAUUGUUUGUGAAUGGAUUUGACCAUCAUCUCAGUACUCCAUCUGCACAUAUCAGACGUGUGACAAACUGUAAUCCAGCUGCUACAACAGUGAGCAUGUUAAUGCCGCACACUGAAAAGCAUCUGCGCACUGAAAGCUUGAGAGCAGCAGAUACAGACGUGGAGACAAACGGUUUGCAUACAGGAUAUAUAUGCUUCACGAUCGACCUCAGUGCAAAAGGCAAAUCAACAGAAUAUUCUAAAAUGCUUUUGGGGAAAAUUUUUUUCCCCAAGAAAGGAAUUUUACUGUUAUUUAAAAAAUUAUUUUUACUAAAAAAUUUUGUGGGUCUAAAUAGCUAAGGAGGGACCAAGCACUUUAUUAAUACCCUCAGUGAAUUCUUAUUUUGUUGAUGACUGGAAAUAUUUGUUUUUAAUAAGAUUAUUCUGGGCCUAGUUUUGAAGCCAGACCUCCACAUAUUUUUUUUAGAAAAUAUUUUUGGUGUCUUUAGGAUAUAUAUAUAUAUAUAUAUAUAUAUAUAUAUAUGCUGGUUCUAUGAUCCAAGUCAAAAUGUCCCCUGAAUUUGCACUGUCUUACUGUGAGCAAUGAAGAAGCGUUUUGGUGACUCAAUUUUAAGUUCAAGUAAUACACACGAGAUUUAAAGGUAUCCUCACUGCACUCUGCCUGUGGACUGACUGACUGGUGUGAGAGCUCGCUAGGUGGGUGCGGGAACAGCCACCCUCAGCCUGGGGGUGAGGGGAGGGUCACGGCGUGCGGGCUCUCCCUCUGCUGCCGUCACCACAUCUCCUCUCUAGCGCUUCACUGGAACAAGAAAGCAGACAAGAAAAUGAGGGUCCUGCAAAUGUGUGGACAGUGCCAAGCAUGUGCAUUUGGGGUCCACUCAGCGGGGAUGUGCUAAUGAGAUGUGAAAGUGGUCAUGAAGCCUUUCGUCUCCUCCUCUAGUGUCCUCAAAACACCUAAAACCCAAAGAGUGUUAGGAAACAAAAGCCCUCCCCUGCACUCUACUGUCAACCUGCCGUUGACAUCUGCUUUUAUGUAUGAAUCACACCGACAGCUCACGAUACAUACGGAAGGCAAGUCACACUAACUUAGCUGCUUAUAGUCUCAACUCUUACUCCCGGGACACAUUCCAAUAAAUUUAUUCUGUAAAAACAA